UAUCUGUACUUAGGGAAAAUCUUUUGUGUUGUGUUGUUAUUAGAUGGCUAACGUGUUAUAUAUUUUCAGUAUUGCUCCAAAUGGGUUCAAUUAGGUCAUCGAUAGAAAAACAUUCAAAUAUACGAGAGAGAGCGGGUCAUCUGGCUUUGGAGCGGCUACUCUGUAUUCCCAAGCGACAAAAGAGAGAAUUAAAAAUGGGUGAUGUUGAGAAAGGCAAGAAGAUUUUUGUUCAGAAGUGUGCCCAGUGCCACACCGUGGAAAAGGGAGGCAAGCACAAGACUGGCCCAAAUCUCCAUGGUCUAUCUGGGCGGAAGAUAGGCCAGGCCACUGGAUUCUCUUACACAGAUGCCAACAAGAGCAAAGGCAUCCCCUGGGGAGAGAAUACACUGGUGGAGGAUUUGGAGAAUCCCAAGAAGUACAUCCCUGGGACAAAGAUGAUCUUCACUGGCAUUAAAAAGUCCGAAAAUGCAGAGCGAAUAUCUUAUCUUUUAAAAGCUACUAAUGAGGAAUAGGUGGCCACUGCCUUAUUUAUGACAAAAUAGAAAUGUCUCACCUUUUUUAUGUGUACCGUAUUUUAAUUGAUCUCCUACACCAGAACUCAGAUCAUGAAUGGCUGACAGGAUAUUUUUGUUAGACAAUCCUGAUUUAAGUAAGACUGG